AUUGUGCAACCUGGAAAGGUUUUGAGUUCUGCUUUUCAAGAAACGGCGAAGAUUUUACCGCGCAAAAUUGUUGAAAUCGGAAAAAGGUUUAUCGAAAAAAAGCCGAACCCCGACUCUUUGGCGAGAAAAAUCCUUUUGCCCAUUGUUUGCUUUCUCUCGUCUCCCGCCUCCCGCCUCCCGUCUUUCUCUCGUCUGCCUCUAGAGGCAGCAGCAUCAUCUCUGCUGCGAGGGAGAGAGAGGUUCGUCGGCAGCGUGACGCCUCCGGUUUCCGGGAGGUUUGGAGGAGCUCGAUCCAGCCAUCCAGGGACGUGUUCAAGAGGAGCUUGAGGGCGGAGGAGGACGACGAGGAGGCUCUGAGAUGGGCGGCGAUUGAGAGGCUGCCCACCACCGACCGGAUGAGGUCAAACAAACACAUCCUAUUUCUGGAGAGGGAAUGCAAAUCCCUACUUGCUUGAUUCCAGGAUUAAAAUCAUGAGAUUUGAUCCAAGGAUUUUAAUCCUGGUGCUGCUAAACGCUACCUGAUUGAUUCAUUUGGACAGAGAGGAAAGAGGAGGGAAGAGGUGGGAGAGUUGUUGGAGAGGGGAGGGAAGAGGUGGGAGAAAGGAGGGAGGAGAGGAUGCUACACGAGGUCCUUCUUGCUCUGCUGGGCCACACAGGGGAUUUCGUGAUCAAGCAGAAGGAUGAAUCCGGCAAGGUCAUGUUCAAACUCGCUCCCGAUCUGGCGUUCGUUCAGCCGUCUGAAAGGGAUGUUAUCGAAAGGCUUGUCUGCCUGGGGCUUUAUUACAGAAAGCUCACUGAAUUUGUUGCAAAGUCACGCAACCCAAAUGUGGCAUGGAUCACCUAUGGGAAUGUUCAAAAUCAGGCUCCCGUAUCCUUGAAGGUCGAAAAUAAAAUGCCGAGUGUGUAUCGAAAAGCAAUAGCUAAUGGAGUUGCCGAGAUACUGUCAGUGUACAGAUCUGCCGUCCUACAAGUUGAACAGCAGGUCUUAGCUGAUCCUGUACCCAUAUUGGCAACUGUGACUAAAGGUCUCUACGAGUUUGAUAUGCUGCUGGCACCACUUUCUGAGUUUGUCAUGGAGAUUGAAUGUAAUGAUGUCAGGGGGGGCCAACUUCUUAAUCUGUUAUACAAACGUUGCCACUGUGGAGUGCCUGAAUUGCAAGCUUGUAUGCAAAGGCUACUUUGGCAUGGGCAUCAGGUCAUGUAUCGGCAAUUGGCAGCAUGGAUGGUUCAUGGACUUCUUCAAGAUCAAUAUGGAGAAUUUUUUAUUAGGAGACAAGAAAAUGUGGAAGGAGAACAAGCACUGCAUAACUCUGGUCAUCCAUCUAAAAAGGAUACACAAAAAUCAUUGGAAGAUGCAUCUCUAACAGAUUGGAACUCAGGAUUCCAUGUUUUCCUGGACAUGCUACCACAGUAUAUCCAUAUGCGGGUUGCCGAAUCCAUACUUUUCUCUGGGAAAGCAAUAAGGGUUCUAAGGAACCCUAGUCCUGCUUUCAGGUGUAAGGCUGAGGUUUUCCAUCAUGGAGUUCCAAGAGGAUCCAACAAAUAUCAGGGACUGUUGGGAUGCUUUGCUCAAAAGGAGCCUUGCAUUGACACUCAACUUGUUGGAGAAGAAUUGUUCCCUCAAUCUGAAGCUGAUAAGAUCGUUGGUAUGCUUCAAGAAUUAAGGGAGUCCCCUGAGUUUCAUAAGAGGUCAUUCGAACAUGCUGUUGACUCCACUCGCAUGAUAGCAGCUGGUCAUCUUUGGCAGCUUGUAGUUGUGCAUGCAGAUUUGGAUGGACAUCUGAAAGCUCUUAAAGAUUACUUUCUUUUAGCCAAAGGAGACUUCUUCCAGUGCUUUCUUGAGGAGAGCCGCCAACUAAUGCGCCUUCCCCCUCGUUAUUCAACUGCUGAAGCUGACCUUAUGGUUCCAUUUCAAUUGGCCGCAUCAAAGACAAUAGGCGAUGAUGAUAAGUACUUUUCACGAGUUUCACUGAGAUUGCAGUCUGAAGUUAAGGCAAUAUCGUCCCAGUUGGAUCUUUCAAGCUUAAAAAUUGGUGGUGAAAAAAGUUCUGAUUCUCUACUAGCUAUCUCUUCUCUAGGCUCAGUGCCUGAUGGAUGGGAUGCCAUUGCACUCGAAUAUUCAGUUGAUUGGCCUUUACAGCUUUUCUUUACUCAGGAAGUUCUAUCUAAGUACCGCAGGGUUUUCCAAUAUUUGCUUAAACUUAAGCGUACACAGAUGGAAUUGGAAAAAUCAUGGGCAUCAGCAAUGCACCAAGAUCACAUGGAUUUUGCUAAGAACCGUAAGGAUCGUAGGAAGUGUUCCGAGCAACGUCGGCAACAUUCCAGACCAAUGUGGCAUGUCCGGGAACACAUGGUUUUCUUAAUAACAAAUCUACAGUUUUAUAUUCAGGUGGAUGUCAUUGAGUCUCAAUGGAAUCGUUUGCAAGAACGUCUUCAAGGCUCACAUGAUUUCACAGACCUUGUCGGCUUCCAUCAGGAAUAUUUGUCAGCUUUAAUAUCACAGUCCUUUUUGGACAUUGGUUCGGUGUCAAGGAUACUUGAGGGUCUCAUGAAACUAUGUUUGCAAUUCUGCUGGAAUGUUGAACGGCAUGAAGGUUGUCCAAGCACAUCUGAAUUGGAACACAUUGCAGAGGAAUUCAACAAGAAAUCAAAUUCUUUGUAUACUAUACUGCGAAGUAGCAAGAUUGCAGGUAGCCAGAGGGCUCCGUUUCUUCGGCAAUUCCUACUUCGUUUGAAUUUCAAUUCUUUCUUCGAGGCAACUGCUAGAGGUGUGCUGAAUGUUAUACGAUCUCGCCCUCCUCUGCAUCAGUAGUCCCAUAUAUCAUAUGCUUUAGUGUUUUGGAUCUCAUGGCUUUUACUCCUGGAUGUUAUUUGCCAUCAGAGAGGAUCUGAUUUCUUGUAUGUAUUUCUGAUGCGCUAAAAGCCUAGAAGCACAAACAAGUAAAACUGUGAUUGUACAUGGCUUGUGAUUAAUGCAAGAUUUGGUGUUCGACCAGUGGAGUUUUA